CCGCAAUCCACGAAGGCUCGAAGGGCGCUACCUGCACAUCUCGUUGUCUUAUUUCGUGUCUUUAACAGACAUCAGUGAAAAACAUCUUCACCUGAGCAGCAGGAGGGGAGUUCUAGAAUGGAGCAGGAGGAGCCACAGCCCCCCCAUGUUAAAGAAGAAGAGGAGAAGCCACAGCCCUCCCAUAUUAAAGAGGAAGAGAAGGAUUACAGCAUCUGUCAGGAGGCAGAGCAUCUUGAAGGACUGGAGGAGUUCCCAGUGAUUCGUGUCAUUUUGAAGAGUGAAGAUGAUGAAGACAAAGUUGAAAGUGAGGAGAAGAGAGAGGUGGAGCCUCCAAGCAGCAGCUCAACUCAACACAUGACAACAGAAGCUGAUGGAGACCACUGUGGAGGAUCACAAGCAGACAACCUCUUAGCUCCACUAUCAGAUAGUGACGACACAACGUCACACUCUCCUGUCACUGAUGAUGAAGACUCUAAAGCUGAUAUGACAUGUCACACUGAAAACACACGCUUUAAAUGCUGCCACUGUGACAAAAAUUUUUAUGACAGUAGUAGUCUGAAAAGGCACACAAGGACACACACUGGAGAGAAACCUUUUUCCUGUUCAAUAUGUGGUAAAUGCUUUGUACAAAAUCAAGAUUUGAAAGUACACAUGAGAAGGCACACUGGGGAGAAACCAUUCCUGUGCUCAGUCUGUGGUAAAAGAUUCUCUCAGAAGGUAAAUUUGACAAUACACACAAGAAUACACACUGGAGAGAAACCUUUUUCCUGUUCAGUGUGUGGUAUAGGUUUUGUACGAAAUCCAUGUUUAAAAAUACACAUGAGAACACACACUGGAGAAAAACCUUUUAUCUGUUCAAUCUGUAAUGUAGGUUUUACACAAAAUCAAGAUUUGAAAAUACACAUGAGAAGACACACCGGAGAGAAUUUUUUCUGUUCAGUCUGUGGUAUAGGUUUUUUGCGAAACUCAGAUUUGAAAAGACACGUGAGAAUACACACUGGGGAGAAACCUUUCUCCUGCUCAGUGUGCGGUAAAGGUUUUCUACGAAGUCAACAUUUGACAAUACACAUGAGAAUACACACGGGAGAAAAACCAUACUCCUGUUCAAGCUGCAACAAAAGCUUUUGUGACCGAACAGCACUUGUUGUGCACAUGAGAAGACACACUGGAGAAAAGCCAUAUUCCUGUUCGGUCUGCAACAAAAGCUUUUCUCAACGAACAGCACUUGUAACACACAUGAGAACACAUACUGGUGAGAAAGUGUUGAGUUGCAGUGUGUGUGAUGAAAGAUUCUCUUAUAAGUACCAGCUUAACAACCACAAGUGUGCUGGUGAGCACAGCAGCAGUAAAUGAAGCUGUAAAUGUGCACCACCACAUAUAACGUGUGACAUUGUGUGUAACCCUAACUUGCUUCUACCAUUUAAAUGCAAUAAAAAGAGAAAAAAAACUGUGACAGAGUAUAUGAGAAGGUGGCAUAACUUGGACCCAUGUGUGU